GCAGCAGGGUCUGGACGAGUGAGCAGGACUAUGGCUCAGCCCGUGAAAUCUCCACUGCGGCGGUCACUCAGCGAGCAUGUGAAGGACUCCACCAACAGGGCAUGGGACGGCUUCUGGAGGAGUGCCCGAGAGAAACGACUCUCAGAGAUCGAGGCCAAGCAGGCCUGCGACUGGCUCAGGGCGGCCGGGUUCCCGCAGUAUGCACAGCUCUUCAGAGAUUGCCGGUUCCCCAUCGACUUGGACUGGGCCAAGAGUGACCACGCCUUCCUGGACAAGGACGCAGUGGAUUCUCUCUGCAGGAGACUGAUCACCUUAAACAAAUGUGUGGAGAUGAACCAGGAGAUGGGCCGGGGGAAGAGAUGGAACGAGGACUCGGAGGACUCUGAGCCGUGUGCCAUCAGCACCAGAUGGACGUUCAGCCGUAGGGACGGCUCGUGGGUGCGUCAGGACGACCGGUCCUUCGUCCCCUGCGUGGGCGGGCGGCGGGCGCGCGAGGCGUCUCUGGACGACGAGGAGGACGAGGAGACGCUGGACGUCUGUUCCACUCGCAGCUCCAGCAGCCUGGACAGCACCGGCACCGGCGCCGACGCCAACGGAACCGCCGGAUUCAAGAUGGCCGAAGAGGCGUGUCCCAGCCGUAGCUCCUCCUCCCACCUCCCCACCUCCCCCGACACCUCCUUCAGCGGCCCCCCCUCACCGCCCCCCUCCCCCUCCCUCCCCCUCUCCCAGAAGCCCCCACGUAAGAAGGGCCCCAGCCUCCUGCGCAAGAUGGAGCGCCUACGUCACCGAGCCCCCUCCUCCUCCUCCACCUCCACCCCCACCCCCGCCGGGUCAGUCAGGACGCGGAGCCGCAGUCUGGGCCGGACCAAGGUUCUGAUCAGCGGCCCGGUUCUGCAGGAGGGCCCGGUCCAGGAGCGGCUCAGGGAGCUGAAUUGUCUGGACAUCGCGGAGCUCCAGGGUAAAGCGCCGAGCCCUGGCGCCUCCUCCUGCUCCUCCUCCCCCUCCUCCUCCUCCUCCUCCUCCUCCUCCUCCUCCUCCUCCUCGUCCAGUCCCUCCGGGUCCAGCAGCGCUUCAGAGAGCAACAGCGUGGCCAGCACCCCGAGCCCCGUGACCCGCGUGCGGGGGAACAUCAAGCGGAACCGGCCCUGGACCCAGACCCAGCAGCAGACCCGGGACCAGAACCAGAACCAGAACCACGAGCAGCAGCAGCAGCAGCAGGGUGUUCAGGAGCCCGUGACCCAGAGCAGCGCGCUCAGCAACCAGCGCAACCAGAACCAGCAGCCGCUCUUCCGCAUCCCCGAGGGCUAUAAGCCGGGCACCUUCCCCUGCCCUUUGACCCCUGGGCUGACCCCUGGGCUGACCCCUGGGCUGACCUCGCUGGCCCCCCUCGACCACUCCACCGCCGUCAACUGGAGGACUGGCAGUUUCCACGGCUACCACCGCCGCCGUUGUCGUGGCGACGAGAGAUCCACCACCUGCGACCCCCUGGUGACCCCCGCUGCUGACCACCGCGCCAGCAUCUAUGACAACGUGCCGGGCGCCACUCCCUGCCAGGCGGAGGUGUGUGUGUCCAGUCUGGACGAGGACAUGUUGACGGCGCUGGACUGUGAGGCGGAGGUGUGUGUGUCCAGUCUGGACGAGGACAUGUUGACGGCGCUGGACUGUGAGGCGGAGGUGUGUGUGUCCAGUCUGGACGAGGACAUGUUCACGGCGCUGGACUGCGUCAUGGAGCGCAUCAACAGCCUGCAGCAGCUGGUGUCCACCUGGGCCCAGAGCCUGUCCGACGACCCGGACGCAGACUCGGACUUCAGCAACCGCUCCAGCUCGCCCUCGCUCAGCGACGUCCACCUGGAGGUCAAGCAGCCGGACGAGGGUGAGGAGAGGGACAACGGCGAGGACCCCAGCACACCGCCGGCCCAUCAGCAGCAGGUGCACUGGUGCAGUGCGGAGUGGGCCCAGGAGUGGUCGCUAGGUCCAGGCUGGGGGCUGGAGGUGCGGUCGGCGGCCCAGGUGAACCGGCUGCAGCGGCUCUCCCUGCUCACUCUCACCGGCCUCAUGGACCGCUUCUCCCCCACCUGCAAGCAGGGCUGGAUCUGGACGGGCCCGGGUCUGUGCAGACCCCUGAAGAAGCAGCAACAGCGGAACCGGAAGGUGUUUGGGGUCCCCCUCCUGCAGAGCGUCCAGACAUCCGGCACUCCACUGCCCCCCUGCAUCCUCCGGGCCAUGCAGCACCUCAAGACCCACGGCCUCAACCAGGUUGGACUGUUCCGGAAGCCUGGCGUGAAGUCGCGCAUCCAAAGCCUGCGGGAGAUGGUGGAGGCCGACCCAGAAGGAAUCUCCUUUGAGAGCCAAUCAGCUUUCGACGUGGCAGACAUGGUGAAGCAAUACUUCCGAGACCUUCCAGAACCCGUGUUCACCGAGAAACUCAACGAGUCCUUUCUCCACAUCUACCAGUACUUCCCUAAGGAGCAGCAGUUGGCGGCGGUGAGGGCGGCCAUCUUGCUGCUGCCGGAUGAGAGCCGUGAGGCGCUGCACUCGCUGCUCCUCUUCCUGAGGGAGGUGGCGGCGGCCCGCCAGGAGAACCAGAUGAGCCCCACCAACAUCGCCGUGUGCCUGGCCCCCUCCCUCUUCCACCUGUCCAUGCCCAGGACCACCAGGCACGCCCGCACACGGAAACACAGCCUGGUGAAGCCUGACCAGAGAGACCUGAGUGAAAGCCUGGCGGCCACACAAGGACUAGCACAUAUGCUGAUGGAGGUCCCACGCCUCUUCCAGCUGCCCGAGCAGAACCUCCUGGUAGAGACCAGCCUUGAGCAGACCCAGACCCAGGCCCAGACCCAGACCCAGACCCAGACCCAGAACCAGAACCAGACCCAAACCCAGACCCAGACCCAGGAGCAGGAGCAGGCCGAGGGGGAGGCGUGUGCCCGUCUGCGCAGGUCUGCCCAACGGCUCAUCUCGGAGACCAAGGAGAAGAGCAAAGACUGGACCAGCUGCCCCAGCGUCCACCCGCACGUCGACCUGGCCUACAAGAAGGUGGAGGAUGGCCAGGCUCUGCGUCUGUGGCGGGGCAGUGUGGAGGUGGACGCUCCCCAGCAGAUGGCGCUGCAGCAGGUGCAGAGGGAGGCAGCACACCUGCACACACACCUGCACACACACCUGCACACACACGUGCUCCAGACCCUGGAGUCGGACGCAGAGGUGUGCGCUUACACACUACAGGGAGCCGGCAGUAGACCUCCCCUACAGCACGUCCUGCUCAGAACGUGGCAGUCGGACCCCUCGGCCGGGCCUCUCUACGUGGCGUCCACGUCAGUGGAGCAUCCGGACGCUCCGCAGCAGGGGCCCAGGGCGCAGGUGCACACCUGCCUCUACCUGCUGGAGCCGCUGGGGGUCAAGAGGUCACGCGUCACGCACUUCUGCAGAACAGACACCAGGGGCAGGUCAUCAGAGUGGCACAAUAAGGUGUGUGGGCAUCAGCUGGCAGCACGGCUACAGAGGCUGAGGGACUCCUUCAAGAACAAGGCCAGAGAUGGACGCCUUUGACCACACACACACACACACACACACACGCACACACACACACAAACACACACACACAACACACACACACACACACAUGCGCGCUGAAGGACUCCGUAAAUAAUAUACUUCAAGGCCAAAGCCAGAGAUGGACACCUCUGACUACGACCCACACACAACACACACACACACACACACACACACACACACACACACACACAAAGAGACAUUGUUCAAGCAGAGAGCAGAGUUCCCAGGACCUGCGUGGAGUUUAUGCUGAUUCUGCACCUGCUUCAGAAGAACCCUGCCACUCUCCAUAACCAUGAGGGAACCGGCAUCAGGAACCGCUAGAGAGAACCAUCUGGGGGAACCGUCAGGAGGCUGUCACAGAACGUCCGCUCCCAUACUAAAGACUGCAUUGUGAUCAAAGAGGAACAUUUCAAAAGAAUUUUAAACUAUGAUAACUAUGAAGAGUCUUAUCUACAUAUCUAUACAUUCCCUUUAAAUGAAAAGUCUAUGUGAUGCAUAACAUCACCUUUUGUAUAGUAAUAUAUCUCAUCAGUAUCUUUAAGUAUUCUUCUGAGUCGUAAUAGUCGAAGUGACAGAAUGUUUUGACAUAGUUUUAUAUUCAUACGCGACAAGCGAGAGGGUAAAAUUAUUUUCUAUGACUGCAUGAGUCAAUGCUGGAGAUGAAAUGACUACAAUAAAUUAUAAAACACA